AUGCGCUCCUUCGCCUUCCUCGCCGCCGCGGCCAUCGUGCCCCAGGCCAUGGCUCACUACGUCUUCCCUACUCUCAUCGUCAACGGAGAGGAGACCGAGCGUUACCAGUUCGUCCGCGAGGCCAAGAACUCCAACUCCCCCGUCACCGACGUCACCUCCGAGGGCAUCGUCUGCAACAUUGGCGGCAACGACGACGACGUCUUGGCCAAGACUGAGACCAAGGCCGUCAAGGCCGGUGACGAGCUUGGCUUCGUCGUUGAGAACGACAUGGGCCACCCCGGUCCCCUCGCCGUCUACCUUUCCAAGGCCCCCUCCGGCGUCGCCUCCUACAAGGGUGACGGUGACUGGUUCAAGAUCUACGAGCUGACCACCUCCGACAUCACCGACGCCGGCCUCCAGUGGGCGACGUACAUCAACAACGCCGGCAUCCACAACUUCACCUUCACCCUCCCCAAGGAGGUCCCUACCGGCGAGUACCUGCUCCGUGCCGAGCACGUCGGUCUCCACGGUGCCGGCACCAAGGGCGGUGCCCAGUUCUAUAUUGCGUGCGCUCAGAUCUCCGUCACCGGUGCUGCCUCCGGCACCCCUGCGCCUACCGUCAAGUUCCCCGGUGUCUACACCGGCGAGGAGCCCGGUCUGUUGAUCAACAUCUACUACCCCGCCCCCAAGAACUACACCGCUCCUGGCCCCGUCACCUGGCCCAACUCCUGCGAGGACCACACUGCCAACCUCCUCGGCCAGACCACCGACGGUGACUGCACUGGCAGCGACGGCGCCACCACCCCCACCACUCCCACCACCCCCGUCACCAGCCCUGCCCCCUCCGCUGGCAUCCCCGACUACAACGGCGGCAACAGCACCACCCCCGUCUCUGAGUCCGGCGCCGAGCCCACCAACGCUGCCGAUGACGACUGCGAGAAGUCUGCUGCCCGCCGCCGUGCCCGCUCCAUGCACCGCCGUGCUCUUCGCGCUGCCCUCUAA